AUGGACCAGAUGGCAGAUGAAAUGACGUUGAAAGCCGAUGUGAGAGACAAAGGGAGGGCGGACGCUGCUGAGGAGGGCUCUUACCGGGUGAGAGGAGAAAGGAUUCAAUUUGAGGCUCAAGUCAGAAACUGGGGACCUGCAGAGAUUGAGGCUGGGGACACCAGAGGGGAAACAGAUGCUCAGCAGCCCAGAGAGUGUGACAGAUCCUCUUCCCCUAGGUUCUCUUUGAAAAUGUACCUGAGGAGAUCUUCCUCCAAAGCUUCUUCCUCCACAGAGUCUCUGUCUUCUUCACCGCAGAGCAACAUGGUUGACUGUGCAGGAAUCAUCCUCAACUGCCUCUUCUGCCGCUUCGACAGCAGCAACUGCUGCCCCAACUACAUGCAGGUCGUCACAGCAGCAGAGUCUGCAUCCAGCAGUGACGAUGGCUCUUACACGGACCUGGACUGUGGUCUGCUCAGUGCCUGUAAUGCAGGAGGGGAUUGUCUGGAGCUGGCGAUGGAGGCUUCUGAGUUAUGCUUCCGCUAG